UCCUAAUUAGUAUUGAAUAAAUCAAUAUUAAUAAACACGGAAAAUUUUGUAUGAACUACGAAGUGUGUUUUUAGUAUUUCACAAUACUUUCGAUUUUGUUGUCAUUAAAUAUACGUAAAUGUAUAUGGUAUGAGUGUAAUGUGUAUGACUGAUCAUACAAGGUUAAAAUAUAAGAACGUGAUCGUGCGCACAUCUUUUUAGUCUUUGCUCGUAAUAAAUUUGCCAUUAACAGCAAAAGCAUUUUUGAUUGAACAUUGAAGAUCAAGGAAAUAAAUUAGUUCAACUUUAAUUAGUUACAUGUAAAAUUACAGACAUGUCGAAUAAUUACUAUGGUGAAGAAGAUCAAGGUAGCCGAUUAUCUAGGAAAGUUGCUGAAAAUCCAUUUUUUCCAAUAGGUAUUGCCGGUUGCUUAAUAGCAUGUGGAAUUGGUGCAUACAGAUACAAGCAUCGUGGAGCAAUGAGUACUAGUGUAUUUUUAAUGCAACUUCGAGUGGCAGCACAAGGCACAGUUGUUGCAACAUUAACGGGAGGAUUAAUAUAUAUGAUGGCCAAAGAACAUCUAUUUAAUAAAAAAAAGGAUUAGUUUGAUUUGUAUUUUGUAGUACGGAUUUCAUUAGAUAGAUGUAAAUAAUUUUAAAAAUGCAGCGGGUCUGCUAUGUUAUUACGUAUUAUUAUAUGCAUAACAAAUCCUUUAUUUAUUUUUAAUUAUCGAUAUUAU